UUUCUGCGACAUUUGGAGGGAAACAGAAAACGCAAAAUAAAAACAUUUCUGAUUUUCGUUCCCGCCACUGAAUCUCUCUCUCUCUCUCUCUCUUUCUGCGAUUCUGAAAUCUUUGCAAGUUUGACGACAACUGGUUCCCUUUCGUUUUUUUUUUUCUUUUUUUUGAUUCGAAAUCCUGACGAAAAUGCGCGAAGCCGAAGAAGAAAAGCCAGACGGUCUAGAAAUCACCUCCAUAGGUUCCCUCUACAGCGGUACUUGGGAUAAGAAGUACUGGAGCUCCUCUAGGGGGAAAGAUCGGUAUCCAUAUCCAGUAGGGUAUCAAGCUGUUCGAGCCCAUAAUGGUGGUACAUAUAAGAUGGAAAUUCAGGAAGGUCUUAAAGGACCUUUGUUUUUGGUUUCCUCCGCUGAUGGACAUUCAUGUUCUGGACAAACUCCUGAUAUUGCGUGGGAUAAAUUUCAGAAGAAAUUUGGUCCCGGGGUGAAGAUUUGGCAUGGGAAGAGAUUUUCCUGCAGAAUAGAUGGUGUGGAGUUUUUCGGGUUCAAAAAUCCAUUUGUCCAGAGAUUACUUAGAGAAUUGGUGGCAAAUGUUAAUGGAACUGCAGAGCGGAAUUUAUGUAGCUUGAGCAAUUUGGAUUCUAAAGCAGAUAAUGAUAGCCGUUGCCCUGAUACAUGUACAUAUCCUGACUUACUGCCAUACUUGGUAAGACCACAUACUACUGGUAAGAGAAGUAGGAGACGGGAAAUCAUAAAUGAAAAGUCAGUCAGUGGGGAAAAUAUAAAAAAGCCCAGACCUCAAGAUCUCACAUGUGUUGCUAAGGCUUCAAAUUCAAUAAGGAAUCUGAGAAAUCAUACCGUUGCAAAUUCUUCUCUUACCGUUCUGAACAAAGACAGUGGUAUUGGUAUGCAUCCAGCAUCAUUGCCGCUGUCAGUGGAUUUAAUUCCUGUUCAAGAAGAAAAGAGUCAUGUUUCAGAAGAUGGCUUGCAAUUGAAAUCUGUUGAUAUGUCCAAUCAUCUCAGAGAGCUUACAGCCCCUCCACAGGAAGCAAGGAUGCAUAUGGGUUUGGAAAAUUGUAAAUCCACUGGAGUAGCCAGCAGCUCACCUAUGGAGGAAAAAACUCCACAUAGUUUUCAAGAUACUGAAGCGGGAGAGUUAGCUUUUCCAAUGGCACGGGAAAUAAAAAAUGGAGACACUACAAGAUCAAAAGAUUGUCAAGAUAAUGGUUCUAAUUCUUCUCCAACCAGCUGGGACAAAGAAACUUGUGUGAAAGAAGAGUUAAUUGCAGUAGACAUGGUCAUUUCUGAAGGUUUGAUAGCUGACUCCCACCUGGAAGAAGUUGGCACAUCGAAUUCAAGUGGAAGUCAGGAAAAGAAUGACUUUGAUUCAGUUGGUCAAGAAAUGAUGACAUUUCUACUUCCACAAGCAAUUCCACUACUCAAGAAGGCGUCGAGGAAGAAGAAGCCUUCUGUUAGCCCUUCUGAAGAUUUUCCAUGUAGGAUGUUUCCUCAGAAGGACAACAAUGGAACUGAUGUUCCAUCUAAGGCUUUCUUGCCUGAGAAUGAAAAUGUGGAACAAAAGGAGAGGAUUGAUAUUCAGAGCCUUGAUCUUGGUUCAGUUGCUCCGAACAAUUGUGCUGUUCAUAACAAUGUAGUGAACCAUCAUUAUGCUGAAGAUACAUUCAACCAUACAUUUCCCUCUGAUAAUGCUGAAGAGAGUGCUUGUUUAAAUAAGGAAACAUGUUCUCACAACACUCAUGGAGUGUCUGGCAGUGUUGAUGAGCAUAAUGAGUCAAUAGAUUGUCGUCUUGAGACCAGUGGAAGCAAAAAUGUGUUCUGCUGUGAUGAAGUAUGCAUGGAUUCAAAUGGAGUUCAUCAGGAGGGUGAUGUAUAUAUAUCCAAGUCUCCUCCAACAUGCGCUUCUUCCCAAAAAAGAGAUUUUGUUGAAGAAGUCAGGGAUGCUUGUGUGAAUAUGCAUGAAAAUUCAGAUGUUGUAAGAAUGCCUCAUGAGAUAAACCUCAAGACUGCACCUGAUAAAACCGAAGCUGUGGCAGAUGAUUGUGGUCGAAGAGGAAUGUUGAGCUCAAAUAUAUCAAGAAAAGAAACUUUUGAGAAAGUGGAUGCAGAAACUGGAAAUAUGUCCUUGACUCCAGUCCCAAAGUUGGUAUAUUCUAGAAGAAAAGAUCAACAUCAAUCGAUAUCUCGAAUGAAAGAAAAAUACAAUGGUCCACUCUCAGAGAGUAUUAUAUGCAGAAGUUUUGGAGAUAGCAGUGUCAAUGAAAACAAUCCUGCCACAGGAGCUUUGCUUGCCUCGGGGAAUCUGCAAAUGGGCCCAUCUGGUGACAAAUCAUAUAAGAAAGAUCUAUUAAAUGGUGAACCACUCUCAGAAAAUAUUAUAUGCAGAAGUUUUGGGGAGAGCACUGUCAAUGAAAACUAUCCUGCCAUAGAAACUUUGCUUGCCUCUGGGACUCUGAAAAUGGGCCCAUCUGUUGACAAAUCACAUAAGAAUGAUCUAUUAAAUGAUGAACCCCAGCUUAGUGGGCCAUUGGUGGGUUUGCAUAGAGAUAAUCCUGCUACGGAUUCUGAUAUUCAACUAAACUGUAUGGUUUCUGCUCAGGCACAAGAUCAGUUUGUUUCACAUUUUAAAAGAUCUCAAGCCCAUUUUGACAAGAAGGUGGUUGGACAUAGGAACCUUGUAAUGUCAUACAGUUCUAUAUCAGCUCAGAAACAGGGGACACAUUUUAAGGGUUCUCAAUCUCUUGCCAAGGAUGUUCCAUAUAGUUUAGGCUUAAAGGCUAAGAAAAUGGAGAUUAAAAACGAGCUAUCGAGCAUCUUUGAGCUUGUGGGAUGCUAUCUCCACCCAUUUCCUGUUUUGUCAAUAUUGUUGGGUUCAAGGGACAGUGAAAUCCACAUUUGUGUUUUAUGUGGACUUCUAGUUGACAAGGAAAGGAACCUGUUUAUCUACAAGAUAGAAACUAAAGAACAGAUGGUUGGUUUUCCAUCUUUUGUUGGGCACACAAUACUAACAUUACCAGUUUUGAAAGAUUACUUUGGUAGAGAAAUUGCUCUGGAUAGAUCAGGUUUGCAAUUCACUCCAGAUGGGCAGUGCCUUGUUUUGCUUGACUGCAUCAAAACGCCUUUUUGCAGGCAAGGAAGAACUACUUGCUUGUGCUCAGAAUGUGCAUUAAACUUCUCUGAAGAGAAUGCAGUAAAGAUUGUAAAUGUAAAAGUUGGAUAUGUUUCAAUAGUCACAAAAUUGAGAACGGUUGACCGGUUAAAUUGCCUAUUGGUUUGUGAACCUGACCAUCUUGUUGCUGUUGGAGACAGUGGGAGAUUACAUCUUUGGGUUAUGAAUUCAGCAUGGAGUGCAGAGACGGACAAAACUAUUCUACCAGCUAACAAUUGCAUAUCCCCUGGCAUAGUGGAGUUGAAGAGAAUUCCAAAGUGUGAUCAUCUUGUUGUUGGCCAUAAUGGUUUUGGUGAAUUUAGUUUAUGGGACAUUUCAAAACGAAUUCUUGUUUCAAGGUUCUCUGCAUCAAGCACUUCUAUUUGUGAAUUCUUUCCGGUUGGUUUGUUUAGUUGGCAAAUGAAAGGCCAUUUCAGUGAGUCUAGUGUAGAAGAAAAUGUCAGUAGAAUGAUGGCUGCAACAAAUAUGUGGUUCUCAGAGCAGAACAAGAAUCCUUCCUUACUCCCAAUAGAAGGGGAGGAUAUUGCUGUCUGGCUUCUUGUCUCAGUCAUAUCUGAUUUUGAUACUCAACAUGGUUAUAUAUCAGAAGAUAGUCAAACGAAUUCCGUAGGAUGCUGGAGGCUUGCCCUACUGGUGAAUAAUGUGGUGAUAUUAGGAACUACAUUGGAUCCAAGGGCUGCUGCCGUUGGGGCAUCUGCUGGUCACGGUAUUAUUGGUACAUAUGAGGGACUUGUGUAUAUGUGGGACAUGUCUACGGGAGCUAAACUUGCCACUAUGCAUCAUUUCAAAGGUGGCAGUGUGUCAUGUAUUGCUACUGAUGAUUUAAGAUCAGGUGCUGUGGCUGUAGCUGGUGGUGAUUGUCAGUUGCUGGUUUAUCAACACUCGCAAAAAAAGUAAUGCGAAAUAAAAGGAAACAAGUAACCCUUCUUUCAUGCCUUCAGUCUUUGAUUGCCAUAUAAGAUACUGACAUGAUCGAUACGCAUUAUACUAAUGUAUAGGUUACAAAAUUUGACAUUCAGCUUGGUAAAAGGUGUAUAAUUCUUCAUAAGUUCUUUUUUUCCCAACUUGUGUAUAACAAUAAAUUUAAUGUUUUAAUUGAUUAAGCAUGGAUUAAAUUCUUUCCAUGGUUAAAGUGAAA